GGCUUACGAACGUGAACGCAUGUGCAACAGCUACCUGCUACGAAGCCCACCGAGUCCGAACCCGACAGAUAAAAACCUCGGGGCUACUCAGAGCUACCGAUGGAUCUUUCUUCGUGUUUAUACCUGUUUCUUAUUUUUGUUUUAACAAUCGUGCUGGCCUAAAUCUUUAGUCCAAAAGUUAAUUUAUCGCAUUCUAACCUAGCGAAAUAUCGACAUACGAAAAAUGUAUACCGCAACCAUAUGAUACAAAUAUUAAUCGAAACUAAGAAAUUUGGAUCACCGUCAUACAGUAGAUUUACAAUAAGGAAGCUACCGAAGAGAAUCGUUUAACCUAAGUUGUACAUUAUAACAGACAUAAGCCAGUAAUGUCUGUCCCUUCUUCGUCAUCUAAUAAAAUAACUGACAGUAAACCAGGUGGUACAAGUCUAAGUCCUAUAGAGGGUAUCGAAGGUGUUCCCGGGCCUAGUUCUUUGGAACCUAUGCAUUCUGUCUUGCCGCAAGACGAAGAAUCGGAAGACUACGGAGAUGCUGGCGACGAGGAAGAAGACGAUAGCAGCGAAGAAGAAAGCGAAAUUAGCGAUAAUGGAAUAUUUUGCGAUACUGAAUGCGAACCUAAUCUUGAAAGUACAAAUUAUUCGUUAUCCACGUCGCAAUCGCAGUCUCUUACACAACGGGUACAGAGUCCUAUUUUACAUACCUGCGUUCCACUGGAUGUUAUUCAACCGCAAAGGAAACGUAAAAGCGAAACGGAAUCGAGUUUACCUUGUAAAAAACUUAAUCCGGAAGAUAAGUCGCAUUCGAUGAUCGUUAAAAAAUUAGAUGAUAAAAGUAAACAUAUGAGAUGCGUCAUUCCGACGAAAGACAAUCCUCCACCUGAAAUGAAUAACUGGCUUCUUCAAUUUCAGAGAUGGUCGAACGCGGAGAGAAUGUUAGCUAUAGAUGAAUUAAUCGAACGAUGCGAACCGACGCAAGUGCGACAUAUGAUGCAAGUGAUAGAACCUCAGUUUCAGAGAGAUUUCAUAUCUUUGUUGCCGAAAGAGUUGGCCUUGUCGGUGUUAGCUUUUCUAGAACCACGAGAUCUUUUACGAGCGGCGCAGACGUGUAGUAACUGGCGAUUUCUUGCCGACGAUAAUUUGUUGUGGAAAGAAAAAUGCAGAGCAGCCGGUAUAGAAGAUUUAAAAGAUUUGCCUCUGAUAAAACGUAAAAAUUGUAAAAUUUCUGGUAAUUAUUCGUGUCCAUGGAAACAAGCUUACAUGAGACAGCACAAUAUAAAAAUGAAUUGGAGGACGAAACCGAUCCGCACGCCAAAAGUUUUAAAAGGUCACGACGAUCACGUGAUUACGUGCCUCCAGUUUUCCGGUAAUCGCAUAGUAAGCGGUUCCGAUGACAAUACUCUUAAAGUGUGGUCUGCCGUUACGGGCAAGUGUCUAAGAACAUUGGUCGGACACACCGGUGGCGUAUGGUCUUCACAAAUGUCUGGUACUACCGUGAUCAGCGGUAGUACAGAUCGGACCUUGAAAGUGUGGAACGCUGAAACAGGUCAAUGCAUUCACACGUUAUACGGGCAUACAUCUACGGUGCGGUGUAUGCAUUUACAUGGUAACAAAGUAGUCAGUGGUAGUAGAGACGCUACAUUAAGGGUGUGGCAAGUGGAUACCGGCCAAUGUUUACAUGUACUCGUGGGCCAUUUGGCAGCUGUUAGAUGUGUGCAAUACGAUGGAAAGUUAGUAGUCAGCGGAGCCUACGACUAUAUGGUUAAGGUUUGGAAUCCAGAACGUGAGGAGUGCCUUCAUACUCUACAAGGACAUACAAAUCGUGUUUAUUCCCUCCAAUUUGACGGUGUACAUGUUGUUAGCGGUUCUCUGGAUACGAGUAUAAGAGUAUGGGAAGUUGAAACCGGAGCGUGUAGACAUACAUUGAUGGGACAUCAAUCGCUCACUUCGGGAAUGGAGUUACGUAAUAACAUUUUGGUAUCGGGAAACGCGGAUUCGACUGUUAAAGUGUGGGACAUCGUUAGCGGUCACUGCCUUCAAACCCUUUCCGGUCCAAAUAAACAUCAAUCCGCGGUCACUUGUCUACAAUUCAACAGUCACUUUGUAAUUACUUCAUCCGACGAUGGAACAGUCAAGCUCUGGGACGUUAAAACUGGUGAUUUUAUAAGAAACUUGGUUGCUCUGGAAAGCGGAGGAAGUGGUGGUGUUGUGUGGAGGAUACGUGCAAGUGACACAAAACUGGUGUGUGCAGUGGGUAGCCGUAACGGCACAGAAGAAACAAAACUUCUCGUCCUCGACUUUGACGUGGAGGUAAAAUAGUGCACCUUUUUGCGAACAAAACUGCUCUCCUCUACGAUUUCUGUACAUACUUUGAUUAGGUAGCGUAACCAAUCUACUGUACAAUGAUUCAUGUAUUACGUGGUGUGAUUGUGAUAAGGAUGUAUGUUGAAAAUCUGAAGGGAGAUUGCAAAAAGUCAAACGUGGUUCUAUAGUUGUUGCAAAUGAUCUCCGAAAUGGUAAAACGUUCAUCAAACCGAAGGCAUUAAUUAUAUUAAUUAUGGAGUGUAUUAAUCAUGGUGUACAAAUAUGAGAUUUCAAAGACUCAACAAAUUGCGAAGAACGAGGAGCUUAUCAAUGUACUAUUGUAUUAUUGCUGUUGCGAAACUUCUUAAGCAUUGCGAUUACAUAACAAUUCAUAAGGGCGUUCAGGAGAGUAUUUUUAAACUACAGAAACAAAGAUUUCUUACCGUAUUUGUCAAGCUUAUAGAUGAAAAUAUCGCUUGGAGAAUCUCAAAAUUUUAAACGAAACGUUCAAAGAUUCGGAAUGACGAAAGAAAAGAAUGGAAAACAAUAAAUUUGAAUAAAAUAGUUAAUUUUGGUAUAACAGAGAAUGGAUAAAAAAAAUUAUGACCAAAUUGGUAAAGAUACUUUUUGUACAAUAAGUUCUUUAAUUUCGUUGUACUUCACUUAAUUUAUUUAAAUUCGUCAUUUACGUUGAUUAAAUUAAUUGCUAUGGGAAUUGUGCAUAAUUUAUUGGAUGACAUAAACGCUAUUUAAUAAUUUUUCAAUGAAGCGACUCUUGGUUAAAUCAAUUUUCUGUUAUAAAUGUUCAUUUAUAUUUUAUCGUCUAAAAUAUCCAUGGACAAAUAUUCAUACGAAAUCGUACGAAUGUAAUUCAUAUCCAAUUUUUCGGUUUAAAAUAUGUCUUUGAAAAUCAUAAACGAUUUCUCGUAUGGCAUUGACGCUAAUGUUACCUUGCAUUAGCACUUGUAACAUCGUCUUAAGUUGCUCGUUAAUUAGAGCGCCAUUGAACGUGUUACGGGCAAGAAAUUCGUUAAAUAAUUUUACGUAAUUAAUAAAAUUUAACGAUUCUGUGGUUUUGUAGUACGCACAAACCCGUAAUCAUUUGGUUAUCGAUUAAUGUAUCUACGUAUAGUAGAUUUAGUAUCGAAAACUGCAGCUAUCCAUGGCUUUAAAUUUCUAUUGUGAGUUUUUCAAUGGCAACAAAAAGUUUACAAAUUGCAGAGUAUCAAGCAACAACGUAUCCAAGUCUGAAACAUUCGGCGCUCUGCAUUUUGCAUUUUAUUUUUAUUAUUUUUCACGUUUAGUGCGUGAAAGAAAUAAUACAUCAAUUAUUCAUGCAAAACAAAUUUAAUAAUAAUAAUAACAAUAAUAAUAAUAAUGAUGAUGAUGAUGAUGAUGAUGAUGAUGAUCAUAAUAGACAUACUUGUACCAAAUAAUUGUAGAGUUUGUCUAUUUCGUGUCGCAAUACGUAUCGCUGUUUUAUUCUUUUUAUAAUUACUAUAUGAAAGUGACGACGAAUACACAAAUUUAGGCUACCAAAUUCUACGAUAAUCGAAUACUCGCAAAGUAUACGAUAGAUGUUUUGCGCGUAACACAUUCAGAAAUCAUUCGAUAUUCACUAUUCGCUAUUCGAUCGGAAAACCAGAGUUAAUCCGCUAUCCGUGAUAGUAAUUUAAUUGGAUUGUCGAGGAGUUAAUAUUUAAUUAAAAUAUAUUAAUUUUGACGUUAGUAACAAGUCUGGUUUCGCCGUGGCGCAAUAAUAAGAGUUGCAAACUUUCCUGUGCAAUAUGCACGAUUCUGAUAAACAAGACUAAUUUGGUUAUCGCGCAAGGAUAAAUGUAAAUAACAAAUUUGUUCAAAGUAUCGUAGAUUUUUAUGUCGAAUUAAUUUGUUUGUACAAAUGGUAACGCUACAAAAAUUAUACGACAUUCGGUUUUAACUAACGGUAGAACGUGCAUGUUCUAUCGAUAAUUCGGAAUAGGAUUCGUGUAAAUGCAAUUUUUAUUAUUGAACCUAGGAUAUUCUAAGAAUCGUGUUUUAUUUGUAUAUUGCUCAAUAGUUUAUAUUUGUAAUAAUGUGUUAUCUGUUGUAUCAUUUUUUAUAAGAAAUAGAAAAUGUUGCUGCAUUUGAAA